GGUAGUCUAAUCUUUGUCUUGUCUAUGACUGAAUAAAAAUUGUCAAAAAACGAAAAAAUGUCGGAGGCUUGUCAGAUAGCCCGAAAACAAGAUUUGCCUCCUCCGGGAGGCUACAAACCUAUACCAUUUCAAAGAUUGCCCGCAAAGCAAUAUUUCAGCGGGUAUACUAUGUUUGCUAUGUACAUUGGUAUAACUGCAGUCUCCGCAUAUUUGUAUAACAUAAAUGCCAAGAGGAUCGCGAAGAAUGAAAUUGAGAUGCGCUCGGCCAAGAUGGCAAUAUACCCGAUGCUGCUGGCGGAGAGGGACAGGGAAUACCUGAAGCAGUUGCGCAGGAACCGCGAUGCUGAGGCUGAACUUAUGCGUGACGUGCCCGGAUGGGAGGUGGGCACUUACUACGGUGAACGUGUGUACAAAUUGGUGCCACCAGACACUCUUAUUGAGCCGAUCUUCCACGAGUACUACGCACACAGCUCCCCCACUGAGUGGUUCAGGAGAGCGUACCACAAGCUCCGUUGUUAAAUUCUCUCUUGAGCUGCGUUUACAACAAACAUAAAGCAUCACAAGGGCUAGAAGUCAGAGCUGUCAAGCCAGUUAAGAAGUGCUUAAAACUUAUGUGCUUUCUUUAUAUUCACUGGGGUAAAUAGUGAAUAAUUAUGAAUUCAGUAAACUAUAUUAUUUUCAACUGGUCUUAAGGAAACUGCAGACAUCUUUUUUUUUGUUCCAUGAAAUAUCGUGCAAUCAGUUAUAAAGACUAUGAGCUGAUGGGUUAUAGGUUUGAUGUUGGUACAUUCAUUCUGAGUAGUAUGAAUAGUCUGAUGUUGUAUGUUUGUCUACAAAAUGCAGCUUCAGAAGAAAUUUAGUCAGCAUAAUUAAAAAAUAUAGCUUUUAACAUUCGUUUUGUUACUUGAACACUAUUGCUGACAAUGGAAAAGUAAUUUAUUUUAGUUCAAAUUAUUUUGCUUUUGUAAAAUAAACAAUUUCAUUGUAGUUGCUUGGUCUGAAUAAAAGAAUUAUAAUAUUA